AUGCCGCCACCGCUGCCGAGUCUGGGGAAAAAGCCCCCAUUGACACUGCAUCCCGUGGCCCCAUUGGUGGGGAAAUUACCCCCCAGUAGGUCACGGCUGCACAUGUUCAAGGCAAAGCCCCAGCGCAGCAAAUUCGAUCACAGCCACGAUUUUGACAUGAAACCAGACACCCCCGAGCCUCAGUUGAUGGUUUCCCAUCGAUACUUGUCGUCUCGGAGCAUUGUGGACUUCCUAUCGGACGAUGGGCGAGGCGACGUCGAAAACGACAGUUCUGGGAGAGUGUUGGAAGGUACCACCACCACCACCACCACCACCACCUCGAACGAGAAAGCGGUUGUGUUGUCAAAGGAAUUGGUGGCCCUCAAGUCGAUUCAAGGCCGCGUCGAUCAUGUCAUGCUCGCGUUUGACGAAUCCAUGGCCAAAGCCAGCGUCGCGUCGUUCGACUCGGGUGAUCCAAUGGCCCCGUUGACGUGGAAAGUGGGCGAAAUCCUCAUGGCCACCCACGAGUCCCUCACCAUGGCGUCUGGGUUCAACGAGCGCCUCUUUACCAAGGACAUGGACGAAGUCAAAGUGCUGAUGUCGAGGGAUUCACAAUCGGUUGUGGACGACUGGGCCAUGGAAAGCACCCCCGCGAUGCGCAAGCUCACUAACUUGUUCCACCAAACCGUGAAAACGCUGCAAGACAUGCAGUCGGCGGACCGCCACACCUCCCCCAGCAGCACCCUCUUGGCGCCUUCGUCCAAAGCGGCGGUGCAUGGCGCCAUCCUCGUUCCCACGACUGGUCUCUCCGACGAUGCCGCCAAGUUAGUCCAGCGACUACAGAAUGAAAAAGCCAUCUUGAUGGGCCAACUCUCCGAAACGUCCAACAUGUACACGUCGAUCGCAGAAGUCGUGAAAGAACGAGAAGACGACGCGAAGCGGCUCAAGACGCUCUUGCACGGCAAAGUAGACGAGAUCACCCGGCUCAAGCAGCAAUUGUUUGUCCUCAACAACGAAGAAGCGAAACGCGACGAGCAGGAGCGAAGUGUCGCGCACUGGAAGGAAAAGUACAUGACGCUCUUGAAUGUUCACCACGUCUUGGAAGGGACCAUGCGCGACGCCGCCAAACGAGCCAGUGACUUGGCGGCGAAGGUGCAGGAGCUGACCCUGCGAGACGUGCACACCCAUGUGCAGCUCACCGAAACCCAAGCUCUGUUGUCGGCGGCCCACGACGAAAUGGCCAAGAAGGCGGAGGAAUCGGCGCGGCGUCAGAGCGUUCAACUGCACGGCGUGGCGCACGAGUACGAGCACGAGAUCAAUGACUUGAAGGGUAAAGUGAAGGAGCUCAAGGACCAGCUGGGGGAGUCCCAGAAACUGCACAAACUUGCGCUGGAGCGGCAACGCACCGACAUGAAAAAACAUUUUGACAGCGUCUUGGCGGCGGGGCACCACGGGUUCACAGAGCACGGAGAAGACCGCGACGUCUUGACCCGAGGUCGGAACGACAGCGCGUCCCUGGCCGCUGCCCAGAGCGCUACAGCAUUGGUCCCGCAAAACACAGCGCCACAACUCAAUUCAUGCACGUCGGAUGUUGAGCUGGACACAUUUGAUGACGAUCAUUGCGAUGACGACAGUGGGGAAAACGACGGUGACGAUGGCGACGAUAUAGCAACCAGCGGACCUAACAUCAGUGACGAUGACGACGAAGAGGAGAAGGACGACAAAGUUGAAACGACCAACGAUGGUGACGAUGGGGACCGUAACUCACCAAACGAAGCCAAGCACCCACAGCCGACGCAGCAGGUCGAGGUGUGGCACGGCGCCCCCCGGACGCGACGACAGAGCAUCCAAGAGCAACACAUCCACAAUCAAUUGAGCGGCAUGAUCAACAAAGCGUUCACGGAGGGCAGUGUCGCCCAUGCGAUGGCGUCCGUGGUGCCUCCAUCGGAAAUGCUCUCGAGUACCGUGCCUCGGCGCAAGUCGAUUACAAUGACUGGACCAAACGGACUUCCCGUGCAAGUUGAAGUGCCGGAUGGUGUUGUGUACGACGACGCCGUGGUCAGGCUCACGCAGCACGCUUCUACUGGCAGUCGGCGGACCAGCAUGAAGGGCAGCGUGUCGUCGCAUGAUCUGUCCAGCACUCGCCCAUUCGAAGGAAGGAUGUCGCCCCAGUUGGGCGGUGCCGAAGCGGCGCUCGAUGCCACCAUGCGAGCCAUGGAUUCGACACCUGCCAACGUCGACCCGGAACUCACUCAGGGCGACCGAAUUGUCCAGCUCCAACAGCGCUUUGACGCGGAAAAGGCCAUCCUCAAGCGCAAGUUCAUCGAUGCGAUGUGCCUCUUUCGACAGCAAAUUAUCGACCAAUACGACAAACGAGCACACGAACUGGUGAAAAAACACCGCGCCGAGGUCAUCCGCAUUGCCACGGUGGCAGAGUCCAAAUUUGGCAAGCUCCUGGACGAGAAAGACGACUUGCUGCAUGAAGCCAAGCGCACGAUCAAGUCGUUGUACAAAAGUUUAGCAGUGUCCAGCGACGCCAAGACGACAAAUCAAAACAAAAACCACCACGAUGUGUCAGCGGUGAAGCAGAUUCUCAAGUCGACGUGGUCACUAGUGUCGGCAAAACGCAUGAGCAAACGCCUCGUGUCUAUCCAUCAAUCCGAGCUUGCUGAAUUGUGCAAGAACCUCCAACACACCACAGACACACCGGACGAACGACCGACCAGCCCAACGCACGCGACCCCCCUGAGGUCCUCAUCCCCUCAACUACCCCCCGAGGAAUCGUCCGCGCCGCUCCAGUCCAAAUCGCCCACUCCCGUAUCAUCAACGCCCGUCACGUCACGCACUCCCACUCCACUCCCCCUUGCCCCUGCACUUAACAUCCCAGAGAUUACGCUGUCAAUGCCGGACGUGGACAUUUUGCUGCCAGAUCCCCAACCUCCGCCGCCGCAGCUACGAGUGUUUGAGGCUCGACAGCUACUGCCUCGACGAAGUGUCACAUACACUACGGCCGAAGUCCCCACGGUGGUGGUGGCCAGUGGGGUCGUGGCCAGUGGGGUCGUGGCUCGCCCAAGCAUGCGAAACAACAGCACGCAAGUAGGAGACGCUGAGUGGAACCCAGAGCACAUGGGAAUGGAUAAUAGCGACGAUGCGAGUUCUGGACAGACGACGUUUUCGAAUUACGUCCUGGAAGGUACAGGCAUGUACAAUCCAGACCCUAGUCGUCAUCACCACCAUCAAGGUCACCACCCCAACCGGUUGUCUCCCUCGUUCCACCACCUUCCAAACAACCAGGCUGUGCAACCAUUGAAUGAUGGUGGUAGUAGUAUAGUCGACUCGAUGCUGAUGUUGCCGCGGUCGUUGUUGAGCCACCAGUACAACGCCAGCAACGGAAUGUACACUCCCCCAUCAGUGACCAAAGUGCCUUCUCGCCACGCGGUACACCAGCUGAUUGAAAACUAUGCCAAUACCCUCACGAGUUUACGCGAAAACAUCAACUGGAACAAGUGGCAGUGCGUGCUGAAAUGUCUCGGGCUCAAACGGAUGGAGGACGUGCUCAAGGUCGACAUGGACACGUCCGCGACCUCCGACCACGCCCUCAUCCGGCUGCGACGGCGUUUUGCGACCAAGCGAGCCGCGUUUUCCCGCACCCAUGAGACACUGCAAGCCCAACAACAGCAGGCGUGGACGCACUGCAUGGAUGCAUUCGUGUGCUACAACACCAUGGGCGAUCCAUGUUCGUCAGUAAACCACGAUAGUAGCGUUCCUCCAAUGGAUAUUCGAGGCACAUCGAUGGUCAAAACGAACGAUCAGUUCGACAGUCCCAACACCAGCAAUGCCACCCCCCUUGCGAUGAGCCCUCGAAAUCAUCUUCGAGGGGAGUUUUCUCCCCAAACAGCCCCCCAUCUUGGGGCCAUUGCCAGCCCCACGGACCUUCUCCAACGAUGCAAAACAUCGUCGGCUGUGCAAACCAAAGGGCGCCAGGACCCAGCAGCCAUGGCCAAACGGGCCUUGACGCUGGCGUCUCUCGUUCCUACCGACAUUUCCGCCUUGUCGAUGGACGAACGGCAGCGGUAUUUGCUGGAGUUGAACGCGUACAUGCAAACAACACCUCCUUUACCUCGAGAGCCCACUCCACCCCCGCCAACAACGGAAGGACGUACCGCCUCCACAACGAAAGAGCCGACAGCUGCAUUGCCGUCAUCUCGACGUGGCAAACUGCAAAUGCAAUUUGACCAACCCACUCAAGCUACUACGACGAUCAAAGGUAUCCCGUCGCAGUCGCCAUUCAUGCGGCGAAAGGCGCUCGAGUCGCUCCAGAAGCGCAUGCGGCAUACCAAACAGCAAUACGCCGACAGCACCAGUGGAUGUGGUGGCGGCACUGCGUUGGACCAGUCCGUUCGACGGGACCAAUUUCUGCACUCGGCCCCCCAGCCAACAAACCAUCACAACGUGCACCUGGCGACGUUCCCGCGGGGGGAACCAACAACUUGA